UGGCACCAAGACAUGGGACAAGUGAAACAGGGCUUACUGAAGAUGCCACAUGGCAAAGAGGAGGUGGACCUCGAGGCAGCCGACUACCCUGGCAGGCUCGGAUGGCUUGAACAAUCAUAUGCAUGGCCACGACUGAGAAGUCAUCUGGAGAGGGUUUUGUGCUGGACACUCUCGUGGAUUGUCUUCCUUGCUGUCAUCUAUUUGUACUUGGUUUCCUGAGGGCUCAUAGUGGAUGCUGUUUUAGAGUGCGGUGAAUUUUGCUCUUGUUCUUUGGGUAGACUCGUCGUUAUCUGGCGUUUAC